CCUGAAUAUCAGGGAGGGCUUUCAUUACAAAAGAGGGACAGAAGCAUAGAGGACCAAUUUUCUCCCCUGACCUGUCAAGAUGGUCAUUUUGCCUCUCGUCAUCAGUCUUGGCUUAGCCACAGCUGGAGUUUGCCAGACAACCAAUGAGCAAUGGACUCAUUUUAAAGUGAUGCAUGGGAAAUCCUACAACAGCGUACAAGAGGAGAACUACAGGCGGGCGGUGUUCCAAGAAAAUAUGAAGUUCAUCAGCGAACACAAUAUCAGAUACAUGGAAGGACUUGCAACUUACGACGUCCGGAUGAACGAGUUUUCAGAUUUGACUAAUGAAGAGUUCGUAGCCAUCAUGACGGGUUUUGUCCCUCCUGAAGAUGAAUCCGAUCAAGUUCCCGUGUUCAACAAGGUCGCCAGUGACUCGGUGCCCAAUAGCAUGGAUUAUCGAAGUCUUGGGGCGGUCACCCCGGUCAGGGGCCAAGGACAUUGUGGGUCUUGCUACGCCUUUGCCGCAAUAGCAGCACUUGAAAGCCACCACUAUUUGAAGACGGGUAACCUGGUGGAAUUAUCGGAGCAAAACGCAAUGGACUGUAUGAAGAACCACAGCGCAAUAAACGCAGGCUGCAGUGGAGGCAACCACAAUCGUGUCUAUAUUUACAUCGAUGACAAUAAUGGCAUUGACACUCGAGAAUUCUACCCAUACGAAGCCAGGGAUGCAGAAUGUCGCUUCGACCCUGCUUACGUUUGGCGCUGAGGAUUAUGGGUAUGUCAACAAAGUUGCCGUUGACGAGCAGGCCAUGAAAGUGGCAGUGACUGAAAAAGGGUCCCCUGGCAGUUGCUGUCCAUGUGGGGGGAAACUGGGUUCCAGCAUUAUAGCUCAGGAGUUUACAACGAACCUGACUGCCCUCAGCACAAGGGAAACCAUGCUAUGGCCGUGGUAGGAUAUGGUUGGUCUAAAACUGGAGGCAAUUAUUGGCUCGUUAAGAAUUCCUGGGGACAUAAGUGGGGCCUUGAGGGUUACAUCAAGAUGGCCAGGGAUCAAGGCAACCAGUGUGGCAUUGCCGACAGGGCCAUUUACCCAAUCGUUUGAUACGGAAGAUAUUCAAGUGAGGAGAAUUUCCAGAUUGUGCAAGCAUUCACUUUGAAAUGGGAUGUAAUUUGAUAUCAGUUUUGUAGAGUAUUGUGUGAAUAGGGGGUAUUAAUUACUAAGAACAGGAAACCUGGAAAAUGAAAAAUAAAACUUGUAUACCUCA